UGCGCCAUAGUGUUUGAAACGCGAUUUCUCCCAGAGCACGGUCGCUGCAGUCGUGUAGCCGUGUGAGAGGGUGCACCAGUGAACCGAGCCGAGUUGGACCGGAACCGUGCAGGACUCUUUUCUUUUUUUGACAUAUCAUCUGACGAAUCAUUUUUCUAUUCCUUUGUAUUUUAUUCCUUUUGAAAGUCAGCGUUUCCAACGUUCUCUCUAUUGAUUAAUUCUCAAUAACACAACCAUGUCGACUAAAGAAGGCAAGCCCGAAGAAAACAAAUCCAGUUGGAAAGAUUUUAUCUACAAUCCACGCACAGGAGAGUUUAUGGGCAGAACCGCAAGCAGCUGGGCCCUCAUCUUCGUCUUCUAUGUCGUCUUCUACGGCUUCCUGGCCGGCUUCUUCUGCCUCACCAUGUGGGUGAUGCUGCAGACGCUGCCCGACAACAUGCCCAAGUACAGGGACCGGGUGCCCAGCCCAGGUCUGGUGAUCCGGCCCAGGUCUUUGGACAUUGCCUUCAACCGCACCAUCCCUUCACAGUACAGCCCCUAUGUGAAUCACCUGGAGAGCUUCUUGCAGACCUACAACGACACUCUGCAGGAGAAGAACGAGCUGUGCAUGGUGAACGAGUACACGGAUCAGGACACGGCGGAGGAGAAGAAGGUGUGCCAGUUCAAGCGCAGUCUGCUGAGGAUGUGCUCCGGCCUCUCAGACCCCACCUUCGGAUACGCCGAGGGCAAGCCCUGCAUCCUGGUCAAGAUGAACAGGAUCAUUGGCCUGAAGCCGCGAGGAGACCCUUAUGUCAACUGCACAGCCAAGAGAGACACGCCCCUAUCCAUGAUCUACUUCCCUGAGACCAGGUUCGACAAGAUGUACUUCCCCUACUAUGGCAAACAGUUACACCCCAACUACGUGCAGCCCGUGGUGGCGGUGAAGCUGGACCUGAGCAAGGAGGACUACAACAGCGAGAUCACGAUCGAGUGCAAGGUGGAGGGCUCCGACCUGGAGAACAACAACGAGCGCGACAAGUUCCUGGGACGCAUCACGUUCCGGGUGACCGUGUCCGAGUAGACGCUUGAAGAUAAAGAAGAUCCACACCCCCACCACCCACCACCCCUGCUUGAGUUCCACCCCCUCCCCCCGAACCCUAUCACCCGUCAUCAAUCCAUACCGUUAUUGCCAUCUUCAUCACACUUCAUAAGAGGAAGAGUAUGCACAUCCCACCUCUCUGAGGCCAUGUGCAGGACUCAGGCGCAUCUGAUGGUGGAAAGAGUAGAAGUCCGCACA